GCGACCGCCGAAGCCGGACGUGCUGUGACGUGCAACGCAGUAUCGCCGUGCCCCCAGUCACACUCAUUCCGUGACGUGCUGUGACGAGGCGUGACGAGGCGUGACGCUCCGCCCGGGUGUUCCCCACAUCGCGACGGCACCCUCUUUCGCGCGCGGGACCCCGUCGAACCGAUCCUGGACUUUCCAUCAGAGGUUAUACCGGUGUCCGGACGCGACCGUCCUCGUUGAACCGGUGUCGCCCAGUGCGCGCGUGUGCGUGUGUGUGUGUGUGUGUAAAGUGUGUGUGAGUGCGUGCCGAUAGUGCAGUGCAGUGCAACAACAAGUGGCCACAGAGCCUCGUGCCACCUGUUACUCUCGCCGAGCCGGCCGAGUGGCACCCCUACUUUUCGGAUACCUCUUCAUCGAGUGGCCAGCCUUAUGACGAGUUCAUGAGCCAUCCCGCCGUGCCCUGGUGAAAUGUGGCGGCGGGGUUCCCAGUCGCCGCGGCUAGGGUUGCCGCACGGCCGUGGCCGAGGCAGGCCGGGGCCAACUCUGCCCUUAGCCUGCGGGAUGGCCGGGAUGGCCGGGAUGGCCGGGCAGGCAGCAAGGCAGGCGGCAAGGCAGGCGGCCCUGGCCCUAGUCCUGCUGGUCUUAGCCUGCAGCGCCACCGCCACCUCCACCACCACCACCGCCAGCAGCGGCGGAGUGGCCGCGCUCAGAACCACUGCGACAGACGGACAAUGCGGACCCAACAUGUUCCGGUGCUCGGACGGCAAGUGCAUCCCGCAGGUGGCGGUGUGCAACUACCAGAAGGACUGCGACAAGGCGGAGGACGAGUUCCAGGCGUGCCCUCCGCCCGAGUGCGAGCAGGGACACCUGUCGUGCAGCCAGUACGUGUUCAACAAGACGUACUGCAUCCCGCCGUACCAGCGCUGCGACAUGAUGGUGGACUGCGUGGACGGCACGGACGAAGCUGAGUGCACCUACCGGAAGUGCCAGCCGGACGACUUCCGGUGUGGCGGCACGGACAACUCGGGACUCUGCCUGCCCAAGGAGAAGCGCUGCGACGGAUACGCGGACUGCCGCAACCGGCGCGACGAGGAGGACUGUCCCGGCGGCGGCAUGGCGUGCCAGCUGGACCAGUUCCGGUGCGCCGACGGCACCAAGUGCGUGGACCUGGCCCUCAAGUGCAACCACCGCACGGACUGCCACGACGGCAGCGACGAGGAGAACUGCAACUUCCCCGCCUGCCACGUGGGGCAGUUCCGGUGCGCCAACGCCCUUUGCAUCCCCAUGUCCUUCCACUGCGACGGCUACCGGGACUGCACGGACGGCUCCGACGAGCUGAACUGCACGGCGACGGCCUGCCCGGAGAACAAGUUCCUGUGCCCCAAGGGCGGCGCCGACAACAGCCCCAAGUGCAUCCAGCGGUCGCAGCUCUGCGACGGCAAGAGGGACUGCUCGGACGGCGCAGACGAGGAGGCGGCGUGCUCGACGAGCAGCUGCCCCUCCCUGCGGUGCGAGUACAAGUGCCAGGCGUCCCUGACGGGCGGCGCCUGCUACUGCCCCGAGGGCCGCAAGGUGGCUAACGACUCGCGGUCUUGCAUCGACCGCGACGAGUGCCAGGAGUGGGGCUUCUGCGACCAGCUGUGCACCAACACGGACGGCUCGUACACGUGCGCCUGCGACCCCGGCUACUUGCUGACGGGCAAGGCGCACUGCUCGGCGCGCAACAGCGCCGGGAUGCUGCAGCUGUUCUUCGCGUACGACCGCUCCGUGUACCGCAUGGACGACCAGGGCCAGCACAAGAAGCUCGUCGCCAACGCCACGGGUGCCGCGGGUCUGGACUUCCACUACGCCAAGAACCUGCUGUUCUGGUCCGACACCAAGACGCGCAAGGUGCACGUGCAGUCGCUCCUGGGCGAGCCGACGGCGCCGACGGGGCUGGCCGCGGACGCCACGGCCUCGGACAUCAUGCUCCCCGGCACGUGGUCGCCUGUCGCCAUCGCCGUGGACUGGGUGGGCGACAAGCUGUACGUGGCGGACUCGGUCGGCCUCAAGAUCGACGUGUUCGAGUUCGACAACCGCCUCCACGCAAUCGUCCUGGGCACCAACCUGACCGCGCCUGCCGACCUCGCCCUCGACCCCACCGUAGGGCUCAUGUUCAUUGCGGACAGUAACCAUGUCCUGCGUGCUAACAUGGAUGGUACAAACACUAAGUCAAUUGUCUCCGAGGCCGCCUACAAAGCUUCUGGAAUCACUGUAGACAUAGUUGCCAAGAGAGUAUUCUGGUGUGACUCUCUGCUUGACUACAUUGAAACCGUUGAUUAUGAUGGUAAUAGGAGACACAUGGUUGUGCGAGGCCAGUCAGUUCCCUCGCCUUCCCGCCUUACAGUAUUUGAAAAUCGUGUGUACUGGUCAGAUGGAACUAAACAGGGUAUUAUGAGUGUAGAUAAGUUCUUAGGGUCAGAAUCCAUGAGUAUGGUGUACAAAGAUAAGUCUGCGCGUGAACCAAGGAGUGUUAAGGCUGUACAUAGUCUAGUUCAAAAGCGAGUUACCAACCCUUGUGGAAACAAUAACGGAGGGUGUCAACAUAUGUGUAUAGUCACUGCCUCUACUGAAAAUGAGCACCAACUUGGAUAUAGGUGUGCUUGCAACAUUGGUUCAAUGCUGGCCAGUGAUCAACGCAACUGUUAUUUGGUGAGGGAGUUCCUGAUGUCAUCCCAGCAGAGGUUCAUCAAGGGACGUAUUUUAGACCCUGUGAUUGAGGGAUUUGGUGAUGCUAUUUUACCAGUAGUUUCACGUCGAGCCCGGUUUGUUGGUCUCGACUUUGAUGCCAAAGAAGAAUUCAUUUACUAUUCCGAUGUUCUCCAAGACGUUAUUUACAGGAUACAUAAAAAUGGAACAGGCAGAGAGAUUGUUCUUGCAUCCCAGAAUGAAGGUGUAGAAGGUCUUGCUGUUGACUGGGCAUCCAAAAACCUGUAUUACAUUGACAGUAGGAAAGGAACUCUCAAUGUUCUCAGCACAAGAAAUGUCACAUAUCGGCGGACACUUCUGAAAAAUUUAAAACGGCCACGUGCUAUUGUUGUUCAUCCUAACAAAGGGUAUAUUUUCUUCUCUGAAUGGGACCGGCCUGCAAACAUCAGCAGGGCAAAUUCAGAUGGCACAGAUCUGCUAGUAUUCCGUAAUGUCACUCUAGGGUGGCCCAAUGGCCUCUCAGUCGACUUUGUAAAAGACCGCCUGUACUGGUGUGAUGCCUUGUUAGAUCAUGUUCAGCAUUCAAACCUUGAUGGAACUGAUGUACGGACUGUCAAUUCAAGAUUGAUUAGACAUCCAUUUUCCAUUGUAGUCCACCAAGAAUGGAUGUAUAUAACAGAUUGGAGAUUAGAUGCCAUAAUAAAAAUGCACAAGUUGACUGGUGAGAAAGAAGAAAUAUUAUUUAGAGAACCUCAAACCAACAGACUUUAUGGUGUCAAAGUAUACAGUGAUACUGUCCAGACUGUUGAUACAAAGCAACCUUGUUCCAUAAAUAAUGGGGGGUGUCAAAAACUCUGUUUUGCUGUUCAUCGUAGCAAUCCCAGUGAGGGUCUUAAUGCUAAAUGUGGAUGCCCUUAUGGUGAACGUCUUGCAAAUGAUGAGAAAACAUGCCAACCAGAUCCCAAUGCUGAACCUCCAGUAGCCGCUUGCCCAAAUGCAUGGGACUUUACAUGCAACAAUCAAAGGUGUAUUCCAAAGGCGUGGGUUUGUGAUGGGGAUGAUGACUGCUUGGAUAAUUCAGAUGAAGAUCAAAACUGUACCAAACCUACUUGUGCCCAAACCGACUUCCAAUGUGCGUCUGGUCGUUGCAUUCCCCACAACUUCCAUUGUGACGCAGAAAAUGACUGUGGUGACUACUCUGAUGAAACCGGAUGUGUGAAUGUCACUUGUUCGGUAUCUCAGUUCCUCUGUGAAAAUGGACGCUGCAUUCCAGCCACUUGGAAGUGUGACUCUGAAAAUGACUGUGGAGAUGGUAGUGAUGAAGGAGAUUUCUGUGCAGAGAAAACGUGUGCCUACUUCCAGUUUACUUGUCCGAGAUCUGGCCACUGUAUCCCUCAGUCAUGGGUCUGCGAUGGUGACAAUGAUUGUUUUGAUAAUCAGGAUGAGGAAGGGUGCCCUCCAAUUACAUGUUCUGCUACGCAAUUUAAGUGUGCAGAUUUAAAGCAGUGCAUUCAAGAAUCAUACAAAUGUGAUGGAAUUCCAGAUUGUAAUGAUGGCAGUGAUGAACUAGGAUGUCCCUCCAUUGCGCCAGAUCAGUGUGAUGCUGAGAAGCAGUUCCAGUGUGCUCAAUCUGCAAUCUGCAUACCCAGAUCCUGGCACUGCGAUGGCCAGCCGGACUGUGACGACGAAAGUGACGAGCCUCCAACUUGCGGCGAGGUAGCAUGUCAGAACGGUUUCUUCAAGUGCAACAACUCAAAGUGUGUGUUCAAGGCCUACAUCUGUGAUGGAAAUAAUGAUUGUGGAGAUAACUCUGAUGAGGACCCAAGACAUGCCUGUGGACCUCCACCAUUUAGGUGUGACUCUGGCCAAUGGCAAUGUCCUGGAGUGGCUGAACGUUGCAUCAACAUUACUCAACUCUGUGACAAUAAGGCGGACUGUCCCAAUGGUGCUGAUGAAGGCGAGGGCUGUGAUCUAGCAGAAUGUCAGCAUCAAGCUGGUCUUUGCUCCAAUGGGUGCCAGCAAACACCAAAUGGAGCUUUGUGUAUUUGCCCAUCUGGUGAAGUUCUUUCCAAUGACACUGUAACAUGUGAAGAUCUCAAUGAAUGUGAACCUCCUGGCAUUUGCUCACAAACCUGCACAAACAUUAAAAAAGGAUUUGUUUGUAGCUGUGUCAAGGGAUAUGAACUCGAAUUCGACAACAAGACCUGCAAAGCCAUUAAUCACAGUGUUGCUUUCCUUGUUAUAUCCAAUCGGCACUCUAUUUUGGUGGCUGACUUGAAAGAUCAGGGGUUGCAAAGAGUGCCCAUAAUUGUAGAAAAUGUUGUUGCAACAGCAUCCAACAUGCACACAAACACAAUAUUUUGGUCAGAUAUGAAGCUGAAGAAGAUUUCUCGGCUAGACAGAGAUAGUGAGCCUCAAGACGUGAUAUCAACAGGUUUAGAUUUAGUAGAAGGCUUAGCAUAUGAUUGGGUGGCAGGAAAUCUGUAUUGGCUGGAUUCAAGACUUGGUACAAUUGAAGUAGCGCGAGAAAAUGGAUCAGAUCGCAUGGUACUACUCAAAGAAAAUAUUACUCAACCUCGUGGAAUGGCAUUGGAUCCCAGUGAAGGAGCCCGCUGGCUGUUUUGGACAGAUUGGGGUGAAAAUCCAAGAAUAGAGCGCAUUGGUAUGGAUGGCACAAAUCGCAGCACUAUAAUUAGUACUAAAAUUUACUGGCCCAAUGGUUUGACUCUGGAUGUAGCCAACAAAAGAGUGUACUUUGCUGACUCCAAAUUGGACUUCAUAGAUUUUUGUUAUUACAAUGGAACAGGAAGGCAGCAAGUUGUUGCUGGCAGUCACUAUCUUUUGCAUCCUCACUCGCUUACAGUUUUUGAGGACACAAUUUAUUGGACGGAUCGACAGCUUAAUAGAGUACUUUCGGCCCAUAAGUACAGAGGGAAAAACCAAACGGUUGUCUCUCACCUGAUAUCUCAGCCUCUCAGCAUUCAUGUGAACCAUCCAUCACUUCAGCCAGAUUCCCCCAACCCAUGUGUCAAAGCCAGUUGUGGACAAUUGUGUCUUCUUUCACCAUCAUCUGCAACAGGGUACACUUGCAAAUGCAAGCCUGGUUUCAGGACAACAAAGAAUGGCCAAUGUGUGGAGGAGGAGAAUCCCUUCUUAUUGGUCAUGAGAGGUUCACAGAUUAUUGAUGUGAGCAUGGCACCAGGAGACAAAACAAGUGGAUCUCUCACUCCAAUUGUUGGAAUAGAUGGUGGUGUUCACAUUGACUAUGAUAGGAAAACUCAGACUAUGUUCUGGGUUGAAGGAAAGGAUGACGACAAGAAGGAUGAUGAUGACAAAGAUGAUAGAGAAAAUUGCACAAUUUGGACUACUCCCUAUGGUGGAGGCAAUAAGACUGAAUUUUUGGGAAGUGCCACUGGUAUUGUUGGUGCUCCGUACACUAUUGCCUUUGACUGGAUUGGAAGGAAUUUAUAUAUUGGAAACCGAUUGGCUUCUAACUUUGAAGCUGUAAAAGUUGAUGGCAAAGUUAAGCAUCGCUCAGUCAUUCUAGCCAAUGAUGGAAACAAAACAUCUGUUGCAAAGCCAAAAUCAAUGUGUUUGGAUCCUACUGAAGGGAAGCUUUAUUGGGUGGAUGAAGGCGGCUAUGGAGUUCCCCCAAAGGUUGCUAAAGUGAAUAUGGAUGGAACAAAACCUGUUAUUUUGCUGGAUGAUAUUCAACGUCCAGAAGCCAUCACCAUUGACCUGAAAGAAAAGAUGCUUUACUUCAGUGCUCAGUACCCAAGUUAUGUUAAAGUAAUGGAUGUUAAUGGAAACAAUCUCCGUACUUUACUGAGUGAGACCAAUAACAUUGCACAGCCUAAAGCUCUAGGUGUCUAUGAUAAUCGUCUGUUUUACCUUGAUCCAAAGUAUGAGCGCAUAGGCAGAGUGGAUCUACCCAGUGGUGAUAACCCUAAAGUAUUAUUGGAAAAUGAGCCUGACCUAAAGACUUUUGCAGUUUAUCAAAAGCAGCAACCUUCCGUGAAUCACCCUUGCAUGAACAACAAUGGUGGCUGUGAGCAACUGUGUAUUCCCUCAGACGGUAAUUCCAGGGUGUGUGCUUGUUCAGUUGGUUUCCGGAAGGAAAAUCAAGUCACUUGUUCACCGUACAAGACCUUUGCUGUUGUGUCCCAGCUGGAUAUAACACGAGGGUACAGUCUUAAGGAUUCUUCUGAAGCAAUGGUUCCUAUAAGUGGCCCAAAUCAUCACAUCUUACAUGUGGAUGUUCUCUACAAAAGCAAUUGGAUUUAUUGGGUUGAGUUCAAUCGUGGAGUGUGGAAUGGAAUUUUCCGUGUUAGACCCAAUGGCACAGAGUUGGAGCCUGUUGUGAAGGAUGGAAUAGGGUCCAAUGGCAUUAGGGGAUUGACGAUUGAUUGGAUUGCUGGGAAUCUUUAUUUCACAAACGUUUUUCCUCAUGAGAACUACCUUGAAGUGUGCUGGCUAGAUGGUUCCCACAGGAAGGUUUUAGUUCGAACUACAACUGACGCACCCAGAGAGUUAGCAGUGAAUCCUGUCAAAAGGUUGUUGUACUGGAUUGACUACGGACAGUACCCUCGCAUUGGCAAAGCCUACCUGGAUGGAACAAACUGGCAGCCAAUUGUUACAUCAGGAAUCAGCAACCCACGUGAUCUCACAGUAGAUAUGCUCACUCAUGAUGUUUAUUGGGUUGACUCUAAGCUUGACAUGAUUCAAAAGGUUUCAUACAGUGGUGGAAACAGACAGGUAAUCCGUCGUAAUUUACCCAAUGCUAUGGGUGUAGCUAUCCACAUGUCAGAUGUGUACUGGGUUGACCGAAACCUUAACACUGUCUUCCGAGCAUCAAAACUCCCUGGCAAUACAUCUUUAGCAACUCAAGUUAGGACCAACCUUGCUAAGCUAAGGGACAUCGCUAUAUUUGACCUUACUAAUCAACCACCAGAUGAUACUAACCCAUGUCAAAGAUUGGGCAAUGGAAACUGUGACCAGCUUUGUUUCUCCUAUCCACAAGAGCUUUCAUCUAACAAGUUUCACUAUAGAUGCGAUUGUGCAACUGGUGAGCUAUCUCCACCUCAAAAUGGUAACAAAUGUGACACGGUGUCUGAAUAUUUAGUCUUUUCUACAAGGACAGAAAUACGGUCGAUUCAUCUUGACCCUAAGGAAACAAGUGUUCCAUUCAGGCCAGUGGGCAAUCUCACUAAUGUGGUUGGGGUUGAUUUUGAUUAUGCAGAUCAUAAGCUGCUUUUUACUCAAAUCAGGCCAUGGGCUAAAAUUGGUUACAUGUCUAGCACUGAUCCUAAUGCAAAUGACAUUCACAAUAUUAUUACUAGAGGUAUCAACCCUGAAGGCAUUUCAUAUGAUUGGACUCAGAAGAAAGUCUACUGGACAGAUUCUUCCAACAACAGCAUCUAUGCAAUGAAUACUGAUGGCUCUGAUUUGGUGAUGAUUGCCAGAGUAGAACGGCCAAGGGCUAUUGUGGUAGAUCCCUGCAAUGGAUCGCUCUACUUCACUGACUGGGGACGUUUUGGACUCUCAGGGAAGAUCUUCCGUACAACCAUGGCUGGCUCUCUUAAGAAAGCAAUCAUAGACAAAGAUUUGUCGCAGCCAAGUGGCUUGGCUAUUGAUUACGAUGACAGAAUGCUUUACUGGACUGAUGCAGUUAGAGAGAAAAUUGAGAGGUCAACUUUGACUGGUGAAAAUCGGGAAGUUUUGAUUUCAGCUACAAUCUAUCCUUUUGCCAUCACUGUCCAUGGAGGAUACAUUUAUUGGACUGAUUUACAACUACGUGGGGUCUAUAGAGCUGAGAAAUACACUGGUGCAAAUAUGAUAGAAAUGGUCAAGCGCCUAGAAGAUUCCCCAAGAGAUAUCCACGUAUUCUCUGCAGCAAGUCAAAAAUGUUCUGUUAAUCCUUGCCAUAUCAACAAUGGUGGAUGUUAUCAAUCUUGUCACCCCGGUCCCAAUGGGACAGUUGAAUGUAAAUGUGAUGAAAAUUCCAAACUUGUCAACGAAAACCGAAUGUGUGUUCGCAAGAAUAUGACAUGUGAUAGCAGUAAAUUCUACUGCCGAAAUGGAAAGUGUAUCUCACGCAUGUGGGCAUGUGAUGGUGAUGACGACUGCGGUGACAACAGUGAUGAAGAUCUAAACUACUGUACCUAUCACUCAUGUAGUCCAAAUGAGUUCCGUUGCAAUAAUGGUAGGUGCAUUUUCCGCUCCUGGAAGUGUGACCAUGAGAAUGAUUGCCGUGAUGGUUCUGACGAAUUGGACUGUAACUACCCUCCUUGUGCCACUGGAGAAUUCACUUGUGCCAACCACCGUUGCAUCCCCAUGUCUCAAGUAUGCAAUGGAGUCAAUGACUGCAAGGAUAAUGGAACAACUGAUGAGACACAUGAGCGCUGCCCUAGAAACACCACCUGUCCUGUAAACCACUUGAAAUGUGAGAAGACCAACAUUUGUGUUGAGCCAUACUGGUUGUGUGAUGGCGAUAAUGACUGUGGAGACAACAGUGAUGAAGAUCCCAUGCAUUGUGCACCAAGAACUUGCCCCCAAAACAGCUUCCGUUGCCCUAACCAUAGGUGCAUACCAGCCACCUGGUACUGUGAUGGCGAUGAUGACUGCGGUGAUGGAUCUGAUGAGCCGCCAGAGUAUUGCAAAUCAGAAGGAAGGACCUGCUUUGGUGACCUGUUUACAUGUGAUAAUGGAAACUGCAUACCAAGGAUUUACAUUUGUGAUGGCGAUAAUGAUUGUUUGGACAAUUCUGAUGAAGAUAACAGACAUCAAUGUAAUGAUAGGAAGUGUGAUGAAGAAACGGAAUUCACUUGCACAGAAAAUAAGCAUUGGAAUCGAGCUCAGUGCAUACCACGCAAGUGGCUGUGUGAUGGAGAUCCUGAUUGUGUUGAUGGUGCAGAUGAAAAUACUACUUUGCACAGCUGCCCUACACCACAGCCAUGCAGUGACGAACAAUUCACUUGCGGGAAUGGACGCUGCAUUAAUAAGGGAUGGCUGUGUGAUCAUGACAACGAUUGUGGAGAUGGUACAGAUGAAGGAAAGGAAUGUAACUCACAGUACAAAACUUGUAGUCCUCAAGAAUUUGCUUGUCAAAAUUUCAAAUGUAUAGGAAGUGUAUAUAAAUGUGAUGGAGAAGACGAUUGUGGAGAUCACUCAGAUGAAAUGGGAUGUGAGAAGAAGAACAAAACUUGUGCCCCUGGACAAUUCCAAUGUACUAAUGGGGAGUGCAUAGAAUAUCAAUUGGUGUGCAACAAAGUUUCUGACUGUUCAGAUGACUCCGAUGAACCGCUGCAUUGCAAUGUUGAUGAAUGCUCCAAGGUUGAAAUUCAUCAGUGUGGUCACAAGUGUGUUGAUACCUUAACUGGAUAUUUCUGCGAGUGCAACCAGGGCUACAAAUUAUUAAGUGAUGGUAAAGCAUGCGCUGACAUAGAUGAAUGUGUUGAAACACCUGGUGUGUGUUCACAGUUGUGCUCGAAUACUCCAGGAUCCUACUACUGUAAAUGUGAUGAAGCUUACUAUGACCGAGAGCCAGAUGAACAUACUUGCAAAAGCAGAGAUCGCACAAAGCCGUGGAUUUUAUUCACUAAUAAAUAUUAUGUCCGCAACAUGUCCCUAGAUGCUUCCCAGUACAGUUUGAUGCAUCAAGAUCUCAUGAAUGUUGUUGCCCUUGAUUAUGACUAUAAGGACAACAAAAUCUACUUCUGUGAUGUGUCAGCCAAAACAAUUUUCAGGUCAACCAUUGGGGGUGAUGGUACUAAAGAACCUGUCAUCAGGCAUGACAGUCAUGGCCUGGAAGGAAUCGCAAUCGAUUGGGUAGGAAGAAAGCUUUACUGGCUUGACAGACACAGUAAGCAUUUAGAUGUCUCUGAAUUGGAUGGCACUCGACGCAAGACUCUCAAGGCUGGCAUUCCUGAUCCGAGAGCUGUAGUUGUGCACCCUGGCAUUGGAUAUUUGUUCUUCACCAGCUGGCAUCUUCAAGCAUUCAUCGGUAAAAUGGGAAUGGAUGGUUCCAAUUUCACACGUAUUCUCAACUGGAAUAAUGACAUUGCUUGGCCCAAUGCCCUCACUAUCGACUAUUUUACUGACCGCAUUUACUUUGCUGAUGCCCAUCUUGAUUACAUUGCUUCUACUGAUCUUGAAGGGCAUCAUCGGCAUGUCGUAUUAUCUGGAGAAAAAGUGCCACAUGUGUUUGCCAUUACCCUCUUUGAUGAUUUCAUUUAUUGGACAGAUUGGAACCUCAAGGCCAUUAGCAAAGCUAAUAAAUUUACUGGUAAAGAUCUAGCAGUGAUUCGCAAUACAACUCAUCGUCCUUAUGAUAUUCAUAUCUUCCAUCCUCUACGUCAGCUGCCCUAUCCUAAUCCAUGUGGUGCAGACAAUGGUGGAUGUUCACAUUUGUGCUUGCUGAAACCUGUACCAGGAGUUGAUCCUAGCCCGGAUGGGUAUGGUGAGACACAAAGCCCAGUAACAUACACUUGCGCCUGUCCAAACCAAUUUUUCCUCGCUCAAGACAACAAGACUUGUGUAGCAAAUUGUACUGCUGGCCAACAUCAUUGCCAGGGAUCUGAUGAAAAAUGUAUUCCCUGGUUUUGGAAGUGCGAUGGUGAAAGAGACUGCAAGGAUGGAUCAGACGAACCAGCUUCCUGUCCAAGCCGCCACUGCCGAGCUGGAGCCUAUCAGUGCGACAAUGGGAACUGCACAGCAUCUGCCACCAUUUGUGAUGGAGUUGAUGAUUGUGCGGAUGGCUCUGAUGAGAAGCAUUGUGAGCUGCCAUGCCCAGACCUAGAAUUUAAAUGUAGGUCCAAUGGACGUUGUGUUCUGAAUUCGUGGAAAUGCGAUGGAGAUGCUGACUGCAAGGAUGCCAGUGAUGAAGACCCAGCAAUUUGUCACAACCGUGAAUGUGAUCCUGAAACAGAGUUUACCUGCAAAAAUGGUCGGUGUAUCCAAAAGUUGUGGCAAUGCGAUUUUGACAAUGACUGUGGAGACGAUUCUGAUGAGCCAGCGUAUAAAUGCAGACAGCGCCAGUGCCCUAAUGGUUGGCAGAGAUGCCCAGGCCAAGCUAACUACAGAUGUAUUCCCAAAUGGUUGUUCUGUGAUGGAAAGGAUGAUUGUCGAGAUGGCAGUGAUGAACUGCCACAGAAUUGCCCCAAGUGCCAUGAAACAGGAGAUUUCCAAUGUGCCAACAAUAACCGCUGCAUCCCCAAAAGAUGGCUUUGUGACUUUGAAAAUGACUGUGGUGACAACAGUGAUGAGAGCGAAGCACUGUGCCGUGGGUCUUACCGAGAGUGCUCUGAAUCUGAAUUCCGGUGCAACAACAACAAAUGUAUUCCGAAUAGAUGGAGAUGUGAUCAUGAUGAUGACUGUGGGGAUGGCAGUGAUGAGCUCAAUUGCUCUGGAUUUAGUUGUAAGAAUGGAACAUUCCAAUGCGCAAGUGGCCACUGUAUAGCUGCUUACUUCCGUUGUGAUGGGGAUAGAGACUGCCGUGAUAUGUCAGAUGAACUAAAUUGUCCACCACGCUAUCCCAAUGGUCGUUACUGUCCAGAGUCCAAAUUUGAAUGUAACAACCACCUAUGUAUUAUGCAGGGUGACCUAUGUGAUGGAGCUGAUGACUGUGGAGACAACUCUGAUGAAUCUCCUGAGCAAUGUUCCAACUUCAGCUGUGAUACUGUCAGAAGGUUCCAAUGUGACAACCACCGCUGCAUUCCAAGAUACCAGCUCUGCGAUGGGCAAGACAAUUGUGGUGAUGGAAGUGAUGAGAAUAAUGUGGCAAUCUGUAAGGGUAACAACAAAGCAUGUGACUCGUAUGCAGAGUUCCAGUGUGCUAAUAAAAAGUGUAUUGAACGAAGCAUGGUGUGUGAUUACGCUGACGACUGUGGUGACUCAUCAGAUGAACUUGGCUGCCAUCAUAAUAAGGUCUGCCUCGAAGCCACCAGGGGUGGAUGUGAGCACCACUGCCAGAACCUAACUACUGAUGGGGGAUACAUUUGCACCUGCUUCAGUGGCUACAUAAUAUCACCAGAAAAUAGGAAGAAGUGCCUGGAUGUAGAUGAAUGUGCUACUGGAACACACACAUGCUCCCAACUCUGUAACAAUCUGAAUGGAACCUUUGGCUGUGCUUGUAGAGAAGGCUUUGCAUUGUCUGAUGGUGGUAUUUGUAAAACACUAUCAAAGGAUAUGGCUGAGACUACCAUAAUCUUCUCAAGUGGUCCGGAGAUCCGAGCUUACGGUCUUUUGUCAAGGAGAGAAGCUGAUGUCAUUGCUGAUGAAAAACGCAUAGAAGCUAUUGAUUUUGAUCCUAAAUCAGAGAUGGUGUUUUGGGCUGAUUCAUAUGACCGUACCAUCAAACGGUCAUUUAUGUUGAAUGCCCAAAAUGGAAAUGCCAAAAUUGGACAUGCUCAAGAUUUAAACACCAAAGGCACCUGGAAAACAACAGGCUUGGCAGUUGAUUGGAUUGCUCACAAUCUUUACUGGACAGAAUUGGACAGAUCAGGAACGAAACAGAAGGGCCGAGUCAUGGUGUCGAAGACUGACGGGAGGUACCGGCGUUCCCUUGUGUCUGGUGUGUUGGAAGCGCCUACGUCAGUAGCUGUGGAUCCACAAUAUGGUAGGAUGUUCUUUGCUGAUUCUGGUUCCACAGCCAAAAUAGAAAUGGCAUGGAUGGAUGGAUCAAGGCGACGUCCCCUGGUUGUUGAUAAUAUUCGCCACCCUACAGGAUUGACUAUUGAUUAUUCCAUGGAUCACACUCUGUUUUGGGCUGAUGCAAAAUUGGACAAAAUUGAAAGUAUCAGACAAGAUGGAUCAAACAGAAUGACUGUUAUAAGAGGAGAUAAACUUCAUCACCCGAUUUCAAUGGAUGUAUUUGAAAGCACACUUUAUUGGGUAACACGGGAUACAGGAGAACUUAUAAAACAAGAUAAAUUUGGAAGAGGUGUACCAGUUACUGUUGCUCGAGAUCUCACAAACCCAACUGGUGUCAAAAUUUACCAUAAGCUAAGGUACAACACCUCCAUCAGUGAUCCUUGCCAUGACCACCAUUGCUCUCAUCUGUGCCUCAUUGUGCCUGGAGGUUUCCGUUGUGCUUGCCCAGAUGGCUCUGGUGCAAGAAAAGCAGGGUCGAGUGAAGCUGUGUGUGAUGCAGCGGCGGAGCAGGAGCGCCCAGCGCCACUGGUGUGCCCUUGCCAGAAUGGUGGGCUGUGCCGACAGACUGAUGGCAGCAACGACGUGCAGUGCGCCUGCCCGCCCGACUAUCACGGCCAGUACUGCGACGACCACGUGCAGCGCACCAGGGCGCCGGGGUCUGCGGCCAGCACUGCGGCCAUCGUCAUACCCAUCGUCGUCAUCCUCUUGCUCCUUCUAGCUGCGGGGGCGGUGUACUUCGUGCACCGGAAACGACCUUUUGGUAAAGGGUCUGGUCUAGGAGGGCUCACUAACUCCCAAAGUGUGUCAUUCCGACAAGGGACUAAUGUUGAGUUUGGAGCAUCGUCAUUUCCUCCAAAUGGUCCAUCAUCUCAAAGAGGAGAGCCAUUGGAUGUCGAAUACAAUCUGGGUGAUAUGGGUGCCAAGAGUCGUGACUUCAGCAACCCGAUGUACGACGCGCUUGGCGGUGAAGGCGGGGGCGGCACUGGCCCCGGAAACGGCAGUGGCAUUUAUGAGGUGCCAGCAGAUGUCGCCAAGUCAAAGUUCAACGCAGAUGCUGGGGUCAUGUCAAGUCCAGAACCAGCAUCCGCAAUCCUAGCCCCAUCCAGUGUUAUUCAGCGGUCUUCUCCGCAAAUUCACAUACGGCACCGAGAACUCGACCCUACCUCAGUAGACACAGGCAAAGAUACACAAAAGCUUGUCGAAGAGGACCGGUCAGACUGCUAGCCACACUGAACCGCAUCAAAUGCGGGAGGACGUACAAAUUUUGUGGUAUAUCCAGACUGCUAGUGGAAACCUAUGCUGUGCUCACACCACACUAAACCUUUUCUUUUCUUUCCCCCAAAAUUUUCAAGUGUAUUUAUGAUUUUAUUAGAAACAAGAAUUAAAUGUGUUCUUUUGUUUCUUAGAGGUCAAACACACAAUGUCUUAAAAUAUUAUUAGCAAGCAUAGGAUUUGUCUGAAUCUCAAUAUCCUAAAGAAAAGAGACUAUAUUGUGUCAAUAAUUUUGUAUGUAUUUUAUGUUAUGACUUGUUAAGUGGUGUAAUUUUAUUCUUUUUGUUUUUGUUAAUGAUUGUUGGCCCACCUAUUCCUCUCUCUCUCUGCCUUGAACUUUCUCGAUUAGGGUAUUCUCAAUAUUUAUUGCAUGAUACUGUGAACAACUGGAAACAAGCUAGUAUUUUAUGUUAUUUGACUGUCCCCUUCUUUUUAGCACUAGUGACACAUAUUGUGUUUGUUAGCUAGGUUGAGCUUUCCUCAGCCAAUUAGAACUUUUAGAACUUCUUAAAACCUUUUUUUAUUUGCUUUAAAUUUAGGAAAGUGUUGCAACUCAACCUAUUUCAUUUGGUCUAUUAUGAAAAGAAAAAUGAGGGAAUAUCAAUGCUGUGUUCUUAAACUUGUUUGUUUCCUACCUUUAGACAAUUAGGCUGUAGAUGCAAGCCGGAGAGGGAGAGGGAAAUUUUAAGACCUGUCUAGUUAAAUGCGGCCAACAUGUCACAACUGACAGGUCUUUAUAAUCCAAAGUGAGCUGAUUGCUGCAGCUUAUGCCAUAACAAGACAUCUGGUGCCUCAAUGUUGAUUGAAGUGUCUCUUAGCAUUGUGAUUGUUACCAAGGACAGUUUUUGGGACCUGCUCAACAACACACACGUAAUUGAUUUGUGUGUGACUUGUCUGUUAAUAUAUUUAUAUAUAUAAAUACAUGCAUAUCUAUAUAUAUAAAUAGUGCUACUCUAGAUGUUAUUUAUUGAUUGAAAUUAAAAAUAAUCCAAUUUUUUUUUUUUGAACAUAAUUUUUGUAGAAGAUUGGUCUAGUAAGUGUUAGACAAAUUUAAAUUUACACAUUCCGUCUUAUUACUUAGUCUUUAAGAGAGUGCAUUGCCUACUUCUUUGUGAACAGCUCACACUAUUCAUUAUGUAUGGGUGCAUACAGAGCUGAUGAUUUUAAAUUGUGAUAAUAGGGAGUAAAUACAGCCUUUAAAUUGUGUUUUUAUCAGCUAAUUGCGAUGUUUGUGAAGUGAUGUUUUCAAUAAUUUAGUAUUGAUUAAUGGCCAUACUUGGGCUUAAUCCCAAAACACCUUUCUGUACCUGGUUCGUAGAUGAAGAGCCAGUUUCUUAGAUGUUUUGCUUACAAGCUCUAAAAUUAUUCAUUUGUUUUAUUUUAUACAUGUUGAAAAUUCUAAGUCUAUUUAGAAAUCUAUGAAGAAACUGCUUCUAAAUACUGUAAAUGAGAUUAAAUCCUGUUUAUUUUUCUAUAGGUUAGAGGUGAAUCGGUGUAAUUGUUAAUGAAAACAGAUGAACUGUCUCAUAAUUUCCAAUGAUGUACAUAAUGUUUCUAACCUGAAUAUUGGAACUGUAAAAUAAUGUAUGUUAUUGACAGAAAAAGAAAGUUUAGAACAGUUGAA